CCUAGCUCAAGGCUGAGUCUGGAAGAGGCGGGGCAUGACGGUGUUACUUCCUGAUUUGCGAAUGGAACACGCCGCGAGGAGGGUGGCUAAGCGUUUACGUACACAGCUGUCUCGUGUUUGAUGUUGGUACGUCACUUAUAUUACACAACCAUUCUUUAUAUAUUCAGCGUGUAGUGUAACAGUUAAGGGAUUUGUUGUCAGGAAUAAGUACGGAAUGGAGGAGACUAUACGGGAACUUCACGAAGCUGUAGCCGCUGGGAAUGAGGACAGAGUCCGACAGUUGUUGGAUGAGGGCCUAGUGAACCCCGACGACCCAGACUGGGAUCACAAUGGUCGGCUAGCUAUAAUUGAAGCGAGCCGACUCGGCCAUUUAAACAUCGUACAAGUGCUGUGCAAGGCCGGAUGUGACAUCAAUGCUGGGAACGCAGUAGGUGAAACGGCUCUUCAUGUGGUAGCGAAGUCUAAAAACGUCAAUAUUCCUUUGGCGAAAGCUCUGUUGGAAGUCGAAUUUCUGGAUUCCAACCGCCAGGAGAAGAUGAACGGUUACUCCCCGCUUCAUCUGUUUUUGAAAAACUGCGUUUGUAAUGGGAAGUUUACCCCUGAAAUGGAAGAAAUCAUUCAGUUGUUGGUGGCCAAAAGUGACCUCACCAUCAAGGACCACAGAGGAGAGACGGCUCUUCAUCGAGCAGCUUGUGGUAAAGGUCACCAUCGCCGACCUUUGGAAAUAUUAGUGAACGCAGGUGCUGACCUCGACGUCCAGAAUGACCUCGGGCUUACCCCUCUGAUGUGUGCGGUGGACACUGGUAGCACCGAGAUGGCCAGUGUUCUGAUCGACUCUGGAACCGACACAAACUUAUCAGAUCGAAAUGGACAGACUGCGCUCCAUUACGCAGCUUAUAAAAACCUUUCUGAUUUAGUGAAAUCUCUUCUACAACAUGGCUGUAACGUGAAUUCCCCAGAUAUUAACGGUGACAGUGCGCUCCAUCUAGCGUCCAGCAAAGGAAACACCAAUGCUGUCCAGGCUCUGUUAUCCUCUACCGGUGUCGACAUCAAUGCUCAGAAUAUUAAAGGUAACACUCCGCUUCAUAAUGCAGUAGAAAGUGGAUUUACCACCGUCGUUCACAUGCUACUAGAUGCCAACUGUGACGUCACAGCAGAAACAACCAAUAAGAAAACGGCCUUGGAUGUUGCACAAGCUAGGUAUAUCAGUCGGUGUCGCCCAGAGAUUUGCGAACUCUUAAAAACAGCUCUUCAAAUGACAAGCGACCGUCACCUCAACGACGACUCUCGUCUCUAGUAUUGAACACUGUUGUAUUGUUCGACUACUUUCAAUUCGCGAGAUUAUUUUAUUGUUUGCUUUAUUGUAAUGUUUUAUUGUUUAAUAAUUUUGAAUUUUAAGUGCAACGCAAUGUUCUUAUUCUUUACUAAUUCGCUUCUGUACAUGUCAGGCUGUAAAGUCCAGGAAGAAACAGUUCAAGUUAAUCUGGUUUAUUGAAACAUGUCAAGUCCAGGAAGAAACAGUUCAAGUUAAUCUGGUUUAUUGAAACAUGUCAAUCUGUAAAGUCCAGGAAGAAAUCUGGUUUAUUGAAACAUGUAAAUCCUUUAUUCCAAUAACGAAGUUUUAUCAAUUUCUUUGAGCUAUCAUUUUUUUGAAUUACUUAAAUAUACGAUUACCAAAAGGUUAAGUGAAAAAAUUAGAUCCCAGGAAUUAGAAUGUGUAGUGAAAUUGAUAGAAAAAAAAUCAAGCAGGAUACUGCUUACAUUAUAUAAAACUGCUACUCCUAGAAAACGUUUUAACCCUACAUUUUACAGUUAAGCCUCUUCUGGUAUAGCAUUUAGCUUUAUUUAGUCUCUACAGUUAAGCCUGUUCCAGUAUAACGUUUAGUUUUAUUUAGUUUCUAUAGUUAAGCCUGUUCCAGUAUAACGUUUAGUUUUAUUUAGUUUCUAUAGUUAAGCCUGUUCCAGUAUAACGUUUAGUUUUAUUUAGUUUCUAUAGUUAAGCCUGUUCCAGUAUAACGUUUAGUUUUAUUUAGUCUCUAUAGUUAAGCCUGUUCCAGUAUAACGUUUAGUUUUAUUUAGUCUCUGUAGUUAAGCCUGUUCCAGUAUAACGUUUAGUUUUAUUUAGUCUCUGUAGUUAAGCCUGGUCUAGUGUAGUGUUCAGGUUUGGUCUUUAUGUUAUAGAUGUCUGGAGCAAUAUGGUAACAGAUUAUAAAAGGUCAGCCCACUGGUGACUCCAUUGUUACAAUUGAGAAAUGUUCUUUAUAAUUUCCUCUUGAUUGAGAAAUGGUACUUUUUAAACAUAUCAUUCACAAACAACAUUAGCUAUACAUUGGUUUCUGAUGUAAUGUAAAUAGAGGCAGUGACAUGCAUUUCAGUUAUGAACACGUCACUAGUCCAAUCCCAUCAUGUAACAUGUAAUUAAACUAUACACAUGAAACUAAUAUUCGAACUGCUAUCUUCAUGAUGAGUAUUAUCCAGAGUACUCUUUAGGGCACGUUCGUUAUUUGUAUAAGUAGCCUUUGUGUAAACUAACUAGUAAUGAAACAGUAAGAGAGGCCGAUCCAGUACGGUCAACAUAAGACUGUGAUUUCUGUGUGUUAAUGCAUGUUUGUUGAUGAUGAUGUAAACUCGUUCAAUAAAGCUGUGAUGACACGUUU